AUGGGGUCAGGGUUUAUGUCGAAUAAGGUGGAGGAAAGCAUUCGGCGCAAUAUUGCAUGGAAAGACCUAAGCUUGGACGUGCGAAAGGCACUGAACAACGAUGAGGUCGAUUAUCGUAAACAAAUUGUUGACUAUAGUCAGCUUAAUCAGCUUCGGUUCCGCGGCAACAUAGUGUACAGUGUGUUGAAAAAUGAGAAACGGUACUAUGAGCGAUUGGUGGAAGUGAACAUACGAGCACUGCACAUAUUUCCUUAUCACCUGGCAGACGUUAUCACCAAGGGAUUGCGGGUGACGCCGUUCAACUAUUAUACAGAUAUGAUUGCAUUCUUGCUCAAGCAUGAUAAAAAUUAUGACGCGCUACCCAAUUUUACCGCUGCCGAUUGCCUGCGGGUGUUGGGCAUCGGACGGAACGAAUAUUUGUCCAUCUCAAGUGACCUAAAGUCCAGUUCACCGCGUUCGUUCUUCAAAAAGAAUCCCUGCCACUUCCUGCCAAAAUUCCCGCGCACCGUCACGAUGCAUCCCUGGUGGAUUGUUGAAAUCGGACACAUACUGGAGAAGGAUGUCGAAAACCUUAGCAUCGAGGAGAUCAGCACCAUAGACCAGUUGAUCGAUUGUGGCCCACAGACGGCUGGUACACUAUGUCUGGAUACGGUGCAGAAAUUGUAUCGCAAGGGUCUUAUCUACCUGGAUGUGCCAAUCAGUGGCGAAGAUCGCAUAAAUAUCCCACCUUUGCGAAAUUUUGUAAUGAACCGUGUGGCGGGCGAUUAUUUUGAGAAUUUGCUAUACAACGUGUUCGUUACAACGGAUGAACAAUGCACGAUUUCGGAGCUUUCACAGAUUUUACAAGUACACAUGGACACGGUGAAACAGGCCACAUCACUGUUCUGUCGGCUUGGAUUUGCCAAGAUUAAAAAUGCUUUUUCCGAGUUCAAGCUUGACGACAGUUGGCUCAAGCAAGAAAUGGACAACGGCGACGAUUCAGCCGCUUACAACUACCACGCCCUGCUGCUGUCGGAAGUGCCUCUUGAAGUAAAACCGUCUCCAGAUGGAAGUUUACCUUCGGUGCCAUUCUUUCCUUCAUCCGAUCCGGCAAGUCCGAUCACGCCCGUUUCGCCUGAGGGCAUAGCCGCCUAUACUAUCAGUCCUUUUUCGAAGGAUAAGUCACCUCAGGAAGGCAGUAGUGGCAGCUCGGUUUCGACAAAACGCGUUGGUUUUCUAUUUGACUCUACAUUGACCGCUUUCCUGAUGAUGGGUAACCUGUCGCCUGGAUUAAAAACGCAUGCCAUCACAUUGUUCGAAGUGGGAAAACUCUGCGACGAAGGAAUGGCAGAUUUGUUAGAACAAUUGGAGAAGGUUUCGAUGUUGGACGCCGAAUCGGAAGGUGAUGUCAGUCGGUAUUUCAAUCAUGCAGUGCUGCUUCGUUCUACGAUUGUUGCUCUGAAGAGUUCUUUAAAAAUCGGGCUCGAUUUACUGCGCCUGGAAAGUAUCGAGGGGCUGGAUGUUCAAACUCGAAAUCGGUUGUUAGAACGGAAGUACAAGUAUCUUAUAUCAGCGGCUCCGCUUUCGGGUGCGUUGUCUAGUCAGUUUACCAUCCCAUUUUUUGGUCAAUUUUACCAAAGUUCAGCCGAUGCACACAUUUGGUCAAAGCUCUUUUACUACCACAUGGGUGGGUAUGGUCCGCCCUCGUUGUUCCUGAAGAAAGGAACUGUACUGAAAACAUUGCCUCAAAUCUUCCUCGGGUAUGGAAAGCUGCUUAUUACUAUUGUGAACACUGAUUCUUACGUGCUAAAUUCUGAAAAGUUUUAUACUCUAAAUGAGCACCUGAAGAAUGAAUGCCUGUUAAUUCAAGGGUAUGGUAUCAACGAACCGGCCAAAAUUCAUUAUGAACCAUUCCCGUUUAACAUAGAUGAUGAAAAUAAUCCCUGGGGCCAGCAUACCGCGUGGAACUGCUUAUCGCAAGUUGUGAAUAUGGAAAAAACGUUUGGUUAUGUUACUUUUAUAAAAACCGGCGUUCCGGAUCUUGGUUGCAACGAUUAUAAUCAGGCUGUAUUACUUAAGAGAACAGGUGACAAGAAGCAGAAACAUAUAUCAAAACAAGAAAAUGAUCCUAAAUCGAAUAUGACAACGUCUGCAGAGAACGCUGAUGACGCAGUGGAUAAUUCCGCUGGUGAUCAGUCGUCAACAACAGAAGAUAGGAAUGAAAUAGCGGAAGAAAUCAAUGGCACGAUAUCAGUAUUACAAACUGCCGAAUCAGAUUCAGAUACAGAAAUCUCGAGAAAGAAUUCAUUACAGAAUGCUGCCGAGGAAUGGACUAUUCUGGACAUAAACUUCGGCAUACCUCUGUUUGACGUUGAUUGCAACACCAAAAUAUGCCAAUAUAUUCUGCAGCGUUUAUGUGUUGAUGAGAACAUAUCAGCGUUAAAGGGCAUAAAUCAACAGAUGGAACGGAAAUAUCUAAAGUUCAUUUCCCAGUGCUUGUUUUUUGAAGACGAAAACAUGGAAUUAAUUAAGGCGGGAAAGUACGUGCCAAAGCUUAGGAUCAAUCUCGCAUAUACAAACGGAAAAGUGCAAAGUUGGGACGGCAAAUGAGUUGCUUCUUUAACUACAGUUUGCCAUCGUCAAUUGAACAGUCAAAAUCUUCCUCCGCCCAGCAGAUGUUUUCCAGUUCAUUUUCAUUUAUAUUUUUACCGAAGAAUAAAUCGAUGUAAUCGACUGCGA